CUACCGUUUCUGGCCUGCGAUUGGCUGAGAGCGUCUGAGGGCGGUGACGUGUGUGUGCGGUCAGUGAAGAGCGCAGGGCGGAUCAGCGUGAGGCCGCGACACCGACACACGCGCGGAAAACUCUCUGAAAUCAACGGAAACGUAAGAGUCAUGGCGGAUCUAAGCUUGACCGACGCUCUGACCGAUAGCGUUCUUCAGCCUGACAUGGAGGACAAGGUGGAGAGGGAUUUUGUGGCUACGCUGGAGUCAGAGGCCUUCGACGAUCAGGUCGGAGAGACGGUUGACAAGUCGAACUACGUCCCACUGCUGGACAAUGACGGGAAGGAUCCGGGUACAGUAGUCGAGAACGGACAGCAGGAAGUCCAAGGGGGUCAAAACCCUGGCACCGUGAAUCCAUUGACCCCACGGAAGGAGACGAAGCCUCAGACUGACCAGCAGACGUUUGGGACGGACUUACUAUCAGACUCCACGUCUGCUUUUCCUGAUCAGUGGAGCUCACAGUCCGGCCCCCCGCAGAUGACGGACAGCAGCCCGAUGGCAGCGUUCACAGGUUUCUCUCAGCCGAGCGUCAUGUCAGCUGUGAUCACAGGUGCUGCUCCUUUCCAGACAGAAAGACCGUCUGGUGUGGCCGAAGCGCAGGAGCCGCCAGCUGCUCAGGCCACCGAGGCCCCCAAAAUACCAGCUGAACCCCUGGCAGCCGCGACGGCACCCAAGAGCCCACAGGACACAUCUGCAGGUGUCUUUGCUGACCGCUGGUCCGAUGAGGCCGGCAUUCCAUCCGACCUGCCCUUCACGCCCAGCGUUUCCACCGUAAUCAGUCGCCAUGCCGGUCCUCUGGUCGAGAGCAGCCCACUUGACACGUCCGACCCUCAGUGGUCCCCGAGAGAUAGCGGGCCGGGAGAUGCAGAGGAAAGGGAAAGUGAAGGAUCUGACCGUAAGAAGGAAAAGAAGAAGAAGAAACGAAGACCCAGAGACGAGGUGUUUGACUUCCAUACAGAAAUGCAAAGCGAAAGUGCUUCAUCCGUCAGCCCCCAUCAGCCGUCCCCACGCAAGGAACGGGACCGAGACGGAGGCUGGGAAGACAUCGGACGCAUCGGCGGCAGAGUUAAGAAGCCAAAAAGCCGCAAGAAGAUUCCUGAGGAAUGGGCAGUCCAUGCCGAGCCAUUUAUCCCUGCUUCGGCUUGCAUGCCGCACGAGUUCUCCGCUGAUUUCUUCCGAUCACCCACUGAAGUUGACAGCGGUCUUGUGUCGCUUUCUGAGGACUACUCUGAAGAGAGCAUCAUUCCUCUGUCUCUUACUCAAGACCUUCUGUCCCUCACAGCCUCUUCCCCACCAUCCACAACGCAUCGUGAACCUGCAAUUCCCUCUCCAAAGUCUCCCAGUCAAGCCCCCGCUUUAUCACCCCAACACCCCUUGUCCUCUGGAUUGCCAUCCGGAUUCCAAGAUAUCAUCAUGGACACAGAAGAUUCUCUUGCUUGCAACCUCAGUGACACUCAGCCGUUCACCUCUCCAGGUGGAACCUUUGAGGAAGCCAUGUUUGGACAAGAUCACACCUACACCGCUUCCAUUGGCACCCAAGAUUCGCCCAUAAAGGAACCCCAGGCGUCCACUCCUGGAAGCACUUGUUUUGUCCCACCGAUGGAAGCGCUGAUCUCGGCACCGCCGUUUUCUCCAUCUGGACCUGCUUGGUCUCUUAAUAACCACAGUCAACCCUUUGAUCUUGAAGGUGUUGCCUUUGAGACCCCAGUUCCUGCACCUCUGCCUUCGCCAAAGAGCAAAACCCCAAAGGAACCAAAAUCCAAACAAGGCAAGAAGUCCAGCUCAUCCUCAUCAAAGAGUCCAACCUCCCCUGAAGCAAAGCUGCUGUCUCCACAGAAUUCCGGUCUGAAUCCGGCCGCUCCGCCGUUCUUCCCUAGCUUUGCAGAACCUCGGGAGCUUGUCACAGGACUGGAAGGAAACUCUGAGAAAAACAAGCCGGAGGCGAACAAAAUGGACGCUGUCCAGAAGUUUGACGACUUUAAUGUUGUCAGCAAGAAGGACAAAGAUCAAAAGAUGGAAACGGUGGAGGAAAAAGACAAAACUGGCCACACAGACAAACAGACAACCAAAGGAGAAAACACAGAAGCCCUGGACAAAAACAAAGACGUGGAUGUGGGUAAACCAGAGAAGACGGACAAGGAUGAAGUAGUUCACAAAGUAGAAACGCCAGUGAAAGUUGAGAAGAUUGAACAGGUAGAAAAAACAAAUAAAGAUGAGACUGAAAAGGCUGAUAAGGUUGAGAAGACCGCAGACAAAAAGGAGACGUCUGAGAAGAUCGCAGACAAAAAAGAGACGACUGAGAAGAUCGCAGACAAAAAAGAAACGACUGAGAAGAUCGCAGACAAAAAAGAGACGACAGAAAAGAUUGAUUCCACUCUAGAGGUGGAGAAAGAGAAGGUGGAACCGGUGGCAAAGGUUGAGGUGAAGACGGAAGAAGUGAAGAUCGAGGAGAAGGAGGAAGUGAAAGUCGAGGAGAACAAGGUGGAAGUAAAAGUGGAGGAGAACAAAUUAGAUCAGAAAGUAGAGAAAGAUAAAGAAGAACAAGUAAAGGAAGUGGAAAAGGAGAACAAAGCAGAACAGAAGACAGAACAGAAGACAGAACAAGACAAAACGGAAAAGGUCAAAGUAGAAGAGAAAACCGAAAAGACUGAGCCAGCUGACAAGAAACCUGCCAAAGCUGAGAAGGACGAGAAAGCCAAAAAAACAGCUGCUAAAACCUCGGCGGCCAAGCCUGCGGUAACCAACGGUGCACCUGGAAAAGACUUGACUAGUCCUGAGAAGAAGACCAAGCCUGUUGCCGGCGCAACCAAACCUAGCUCUGCCAAGCCCCGGCCGAGCUCCACCUCCACCGCUACAGCCGCGCCCAAGCGCCCCACCCCUACCUCAGCCGCCAGCACGCCCACCCCCCUCACCAAAAAAGCCCCGGUGCCCAAAGCGGCCGCCCCGGCCGCUGGCACCAAACGGCCAGCUACGGCAUCCACACGACCUUCCACUGCAACAAGCAGCGUGGCUGCGUCCAGCACGGUGACCAGAGAGGUCAAGCCCAAGACGGCCACAGAGAAACGCCCGCUUGUGCCAAAGGCCGCCGCCACUCCCGCACGGCCCGCCGCAGACAAACCUGCAACCGCAACACGCACAAGCACCACAACACGCACCACAGCCAGCGCUCCUACAGCACGACGCCCGGUCACGAAGACUGAAAGCAAACCAGGAGAUGAAAAGAAACCAAGCACACCGAAAACUACAGAUGCCGCCCGCUCCAAACCUGCACCUCUCAAAACCUCCACCACUACAAGCAGCGCCGCCACUCGCCCUCGCACCACCAAGCCACCCGCCUCUAGUAGCACUACAGCCGGCGCCGCACCCGAGAAGAAACCGCCGGUCUCCCGCGCCUCUCGACCCAGCUCCACCACCGCUGCCCCUACCGCCAGCGCCACGACUCGCACCACAGCGCGGCCCAGCUCCACACCGGCACCCGACAUCAAAAACGUCCGCUCGAAGAUUGGCUCCACGGACAACAUUAAACACCAGCCUGGAGGAGGAAAGGUCACAGUGUCUCAGAGCAGGACGGACGCUCAGAGCUCGCCCUCCAAAGAGACCAGCCAGGGCAAAGUUCAGAUAGUCUCCAAAAAAGUGGACUACAGUCACGUGACUUCUCGCUUGGGCUCCAAGGACAAUAUCAAACAUGUUCCUGGUGGAGGGAACGUCCAGAUUCUCAAUAAGAAGGUUGAUUUGAGUAAAGUGACCUCAAAGUGCGGCUCCAAGGCCAAUAUCAAACAUAAACCAGGUGGAGGUGACAUCAAGAUCGAGAGCCAUAAGGUGAGCUUUAAAGAUAAAGCUCAGCCCAAGGUGGGCUCACUGGAUAAUGUCAAUCAUGAGCCUGGAGGCGGGAAUAUUAAGGCUGAGGGGGCCCAGGAGACAGCUGAGGGUAGCGGGGCUCCCUCUAGUGGUGUCUCGGCCACCCAGCCGUCAGCCGGCGCUGCCCAGGAGAAUGGGCUGAAGGAGGGCGCCCCCUGCAGGAGUGAGGAGCUCCGGGACCCGCAGGGCCUGGACUCGCUCAUCCCUGAAACAAGCAUCUAACUCGACUUUUUGCUAUCACUCUGCCCUUUUCAUUUCAACCCCCGACCGCUUCCUCUCCUCCCCUUGUUUAUGUCCUGUCCCUCCUCUGUUCUGUCUUUCUCCACACUCUGUGAUGCAGAUUGAGUCUUUCAAGCUAAAUUUCCGCGAGAACGCCCGCUCUCGCACGGACCACGGCGCCGACAUCAUCACCUGGCCCGUCUCGGGUGACAGCCCUGUCCACCCCCACCUGCUCCGCAGCAGCGUCUCGCUCAACGACUCCCUCGCGACCGCCGGCAUCCCUCGCUCUCACACCACCCCGGCCCUCCUCUCCUCCCAGGAACAAGAGGGCGACGCUGGCUCGCUCACCGGACUCCGGACAUGAUCUCUGUCUUUUCAUUGGUCCGCAGCUCUCUCUAAACCCCGCCUCCUACCAUUGCUAAGACUCAUAUGAUUGGUGUGCUCCUUGUUGACGUUCUCGAUUCCUGCUCGGUAGGGCCGUACAUACUACAGUCGUCAGGAUGCGUGAAAAUUGGCCGCAGUCGAAGGCGGCUGGGAGUGAAAGUUCGCCCGAGAGUCUUUAGACUUAGCUAGUUAGACAUGGCUAAACUCACGCUACUCAUACCUAACAAUCAUCACACCUGCUACGUCACUCGUUGUAGAGCAUGAAUCUAGUUUAGUUUCUUUUUCUUUUUUUAUCUGUGUUGCAACUC